CUCCAAACCCAUGACCCUGAAACCCACUGCCAGCCAUCCCUGCCCACUGGCCCCAUCAGAAGGAACGGGCUGGUUUUGAAGUCGUCCAGAGGGACGGCCACUGCUAACGCCGUGGGAUCAGAUUUCAGGGCUGUAUAGAAUCAGGAGGUGGUCUCGAGAAUACAUCACCUCCUUAGUGGUUCUAUCAUACUUUAUUCUGGAAGAUACACCCUCUCCCUGGACGUCUCCCGUUUUUAAUUCCACUUUGAAAAAUCUCAACUCUUCCGCUUUCUUUCCUCUUCCUCAUCAUAGAGCUGACCUCACUCUGCUGGGUGUUUGGUGACCUCGGAGCAGAAAGUACAGCCUUUUCAGCUUUCAUCCCUUCACAACCUGCAAUCUCACACUGUCUGGAUUCUUGGUUGAAUGUGGAACAGAAAAUAUCUAAAAAGAGGGAAAUUUCUGCUGGUAAAAUGUUACCAUGGGAGGCUUUUGUUAGGCCUGGCUUCUUUCAGCAUGUUUGUAUGACUGAGUGAUAACACGACAAGUGAAAGUUUUAGUAAAUCACAAAGCUGGAACAUCAUAACUGUCCUCUUGGUGGUGCCAAAUUAGUUUACUGGGGUUUCAUCCAAAGGUUUGGGCAUUCGGCCGAUCACUCGCCAGCCUGUGCCAGUGCUGUCCUGAGCUAAGUCAGAUAUCCUCACACAUUCACAAACUUGAAAUCAAACUUUUUUGUAGAAACUGCAGCAGCAGAAACGUAUUCUGGCUCUGAGACAGCAGGCAAGGUGUGACUCUCAACUCCACAGAUCGCAGCUUUGCGGUUUGCUGUGACUAAUGGUUGGGGAGGUUUGUCCCAGUAGUGGUUGGGUAAUGAGGAAGGAUUUUCUGGUGUGGUUCCAUCAGAAUAAGAGCUCACUAUUUUUGUCGUAUUUCCACGUGCUGGAUCACAGCUGAACACGGUCCGUACCUGCUACCCUGAGAAUGUCCGUAGAAACGGCGCUGUUCCUGUUGAUCCUCGAGGUCUUGGCAUAAGUGGCACUUGUUGACCUUGGCUGGAUAGGAAGGGGCAUCCAAACACCAAAGGGUGCCUCCAGGAGGUUUGUGUGGGAAGGGAGCUGCUGAUUUGCAUGCAGUGGGCACUUAGACAGAUAAGGAAUCCCCUUUAAUGUAAACCUAUUUUAUCUUAUUGUACACAAGUUAUUGGCUGUAUGAAGGACAUAAAUGCAACAUGAGCAUGAAUGAAUAAAUACUGCCUCUUAUUCAGACUAGUCUCUCCUAAAUUCAUAUUUAUUAAAAAUCUCAUUGACGGACAUCUGUCUGACCUCCACUUGGUGGUGCUGUUGCAGCCACCAUGUUAGCUGCUAGAACGGGGGCAGGGAACCCUGGCCCUGGAGAGCCACUAUCCAGCAUGUUUUAGAGGUUUCCCUGCUUCAACACACCUGAUUUGAGUCAGCAGGUGAUUAACUGGUUUCUGCAGAGCCUGGUGAGUCUGUCCUGGACCAGGGUUCCCUGCCUUUGCGCUAGAAUCUGACUGCUCAGGUAUGAUUUUGUAGAAAAUGAUGAUCUUAAUAAUUCUAGCUGUCACUAUCAUGACCAUAUUAGAGACGACAACCCUAAAUGUAACACUCACUAAUUUAUUCAUCGUUUUUUCUUACAUUAUUAAGUGAAAACUAAAAUGUGUUUACAAUAAUGUGGUGGCGUUCUUCUUUGCAAACAAAUCCAUGAUGUUGUUUUUCAUGGAGGAAAGGCUGGGACAUAAAUAGAUGACAGGCAGCUGCUGUCCGAUGUCUACACACUUACUCACAUAACUGGGAUGGCUGGCCAGGCUAGCAGCAGCAACAUCCUACAAAUAUGUUCCUAAAGAAAGCAUCAUCAUGAACAGAUUAGAGCUCUUUAUGAGCCUUUUAAUUACUUUAAACUUCAUGUCUUUGGUAAUAAAUCAACUACUGAAUGACCGUGCUUAUUUCUUAUUGUUCAGUCUAGUGUAAACAGGAUUUCACAGACAGAAAGUGGCAAGUUUUCCUGUUCAAAACAGACUAAGAACACACAGGAUUGUUGUUUCAUCACAAGUUGCAGAACGCCUCCUAAGAGCAUUUUCUUUGCAUUUCCUGGACACUAAGAGCUGGGUGGUGGUAGAGAUGAACACAUCUGCUCCUAGUUAACAUCCUGAUGUUUCAUGCAGAGCCAUGUUUGUUGCCACUCAGUUUCCUGUUUUCCACUAUUAGUUGCUUUUGUCUGACAGGCCGUUUUCUCUAAACGUUUAUUUUAGGCUGUCUAAUGAAGGAAGUGGGAUGUGUACACUGUGUGGGUGUGUCGAGUCACGGUUCACACACAUUUGGCUGUGAGCAAACUCUGUGAGCAGCGUACCGUAGAGUAAAAGUAGUCAGGAUCUUCACGAUUCAGCCACAGCCUGUCUUUUUUCUGUUUUUAUGGGACCGAUGAAGCCGUAUUUGCUCUGUGCAACUCUAAGCUGGACUUUGAAUCCUGAACUGGAACAGUGUGCCGUUGCUCCUACGGCCAUGAUGUAAUUGGUCUCUGAUUGGUCAUUUAACUCUGCAUAAGCUUUGGUUUCCUGGAGGAGCUUGUGCACUCUGGACUUCCGUUCACUGUAAAAAUGGUGGACAAGAUCUGGAGGAAGAGUUGGCAUUUUAUCGAAAAUAGACGAUCAUUCCGCAAUAAACAGUCCUCUUAUAAGGUUUCAGAGCAUAAGAGCGUUGUGGAAGGGGAUGGACGGCCUAGUGAUGGCGGUCCUUCUUUGGAUGGCAGAAGCAGCUACGGUCAGGGCCCUGUAACUCACGGCUCGGCCAUCAGCCCUGACCGAUUUGACAGCCAGCUUUACGGCCACGGGGUUCAACCCGGGCCACAGAGGCCCCGCCGGCCCAAGCUUCAGCACUCACAGUCCAUUCUUCGUAAGCAGGCCGAGGAGGAGGCCAUCAAGAGGUCCCGUUCGCUCUCUGAGAGUUACGAGCUCUCUGCUGACCUCCAGGAUAAACAGGUGGAGAUGCUGGAGCGCAAAUAUGGGGGAAGAUUCAUAACUCGGCAUGCAGCUCGCACCAUCCAGACAGCCUUCCGCCAGUAUCAGAUGAACAAGAACUUUGAACGUCUCAGGAGUUCUAUGUCUGAGAACCGCAUGUCCAGACGCAUUGUUCUUUCUAACAUGAGGAUGCAACUCUCGUUUGAGGGCCCUGAGAAAGUUCACAGCUCGUACUAUGAAGGGCGGCAGGUGUCAAUGACGGAGGAUGGUACCCCGCUGUCCAUCUUGCAGUCGGAGCGUGGAGAUGUAGAUGUUCACCAACAGGCGAACAUGACGUCUCAUUCUGCACCGCAGAGCGACCUGACGGACACCAUCACAGAGUUGGAGGAUGCUUUCUCCAGGCAGGUCAAGUCUCUUGCUGAAUCCAUAGAUGAUGCACUGAACUGUCGCAGCCUUCAGGGGGAUGAAGGUCCUGAUCCUGAGGCCAUGGGCUGCUCCAAGGUGGAGGGGGAGGUGCCCUAUCAGGUGGUGAAGGCCCACCGCAGGGUGGCCGGACGGAUGCGUGAUGAAACACUGGCAUCUUAUAGCGAUGUCACUCUGUUCAUUGAUGAGGAGGACAUGUCCCCUUCUACGGCUCUGUCUAGGUCAGGUGACCAGCCGUCCAGCACAGAAUCAGACAUAAGGCUCCAGUCCAUAAACUCCUCCCAAGAUUAUUGGCCUAUUGACUCUAAAGACGAGGGUCGGGACACGGACACAAGCUGCCGCAGCACUCCGUCUUUGGACUGCCAAGAGCAGCGUCUCAGAAUGGAUCAUCUCCCUCUAUUGACCAUUGAACCUCCUAGCGAUAGCUCUGCAGAGCUCAGUGAUCGCUCUGAACGCAGCUCUGUCAAACGGCCACCUGUAUAUGAACCCCACGGCCACAUUGUAACAUCAUCCCAGGCCAGUCCCAAGCACAUUUCCCAUGGGCCCCCUCCUCGAGCCCCUCCCCGGGACGAUGAUGCGCCUCUGCGUCAUUGCCACCGACAGCUAGAAAGCCACUUGGCUAUCAAUGGUUCAGCUAACAGACAGAGUAAGUCGGAGUCAGACUUCUCAGACGGGGAUAACGACAGCAUCAAUAGCACAUCGAACUCAAACGACACGAUCAACUGCAGCUCGGAGUCCUCGUCGAGAGACAGCUUACGAGAGCAGACGCUAAGCAAACAGACGUACCACAAAGAGACUCGCAACAGCUGGGAUUCGCCCAUCUUCAGUAACGACGUUAUUCGCAAGAGACACUACCGCAUCGGCCUCAAUCUGUUCAACAAAAAGCCAGAGAAGGGCAUCCAGUACCUGACUGAGAGGGGAUUCAUCCCUGACACACCGGUUGGAGUGGCCCACUUCCUGCUUCAGAGGAAGGGACUCAGCAGGCAGAUGAUUGGAGAAUUUCUGGGCAAUCGACAAAAACAGUUUAACAGAGAUGUCUUAGACUGUGUGGUAGAUGAAAUGGACUUCCAGGGUAUGGAGCUGGAUGAGGCGCUCAGGAAGUUUCAGAACCACAUCCGUGUCCAGGGUGAAGCUCAGAAAGUGGAGAGGCUCAUUGAAGCAUUCAGCCAGCGCUACUGCAUUUGUAAUCCCACGGUGGUGCGACAGUUCAGGAACCCUGACACCAUCUUCAUCCUGGCUUUUGCCAUCAUCCUCCUCAACACUGACAUGUACAGCCCAAAUGUCAAGCCUGAGAGGAAGAUGAAACUGGAGGACUUCAUUAAGAAUUUAAGAGGUGUGGAUGAUGGAGAGGACAUACCUCGAGAGACUCUGGUUGGAAUCUAUGAGAGGAUUCGCAAGCGAGAGCUGAAGACCAACGAAGAUCACGUGUCUCAGGUUCAGAAGGUCGAGAAGCUCAUUGUUGGAAAGAAACCGAUUGGAUCUCUCCACCAUGGUCUUGGAUGUGUGCUGUCACUGCCCCAUCGUCGCUUGGUGUGUUACUGCCGCCUGUUUGAAGUGCCAGACCCCAACAAGCCCCAGAAGUUGGGCCUGCAUCAGCGGGAGAUCUUCUUGUUCAAUGACCUCCUUGUGAUCACAAAGAUUUUCCAGAAGAAGAAGAAUUCAGUCACAUAUAGCUUCAGACAGUCCUUCUCCUUGUACGGGAUGCAAGUGAUGCUGUUUGAAAAUCAGUAUUACCCAAACGGAAUCAGACUCACUUCGGCGAUACCGGGCGCAGACAUCAAAGUGCUCAUCAACUUCAAUGCUCCCAACCCCCAGGACCGUAAGAAGUUCACAGAUGACCUGCGAGAGUCCAUCGCAGAGGUUCAGGAAAUGGAGAAGUACAGAAUAGAGUCUGAGCUUGAGAAGCAGAAGGGGGUGGUGAGGCCCAGCAUGUCACAAAGCUCCGGCCUGAAGAAGGAAGCCGGCAACGGGAGCAUGAACCGCGCCAGUCUGGACGACAGCUAUGCCAUGGGCGAGGGCCUGAAGAGGAGCGCCCUCAGCAGCUCUCUGAGAGACCUCUCUGAAGCAGGCAAGCGUGGGCGUCGCAGCAGUGCAGGAUCACUAGACAGCAAUAUGGAAGGGUCCAUCAUUAGCAGUCCACACACACGGCGGAGAGCCACCACACCACGAGAGGGCACUUCCCGCGGACAACCCUCCAUCCCUAACUCGGCAUCGACCUCCAUCCUCGGGUCACUUUUUGGCAGCAAAAGGGGAAAGUCGUCAUCUCACAGCCAGCAUCCUUUGCCUCCACCCGGCCACCCCACCCUCAUAUCGCACAAGCCCCACCCGACCAACCUGCAUCACACGGCACAGACGACACACACGGUGCAGUCCCAGCACCAUGGCCACCAUCCCCAGUACUGCCCGCUCCCACAGAAUCCCCCGCCCUACCACCACCACCACCACUACCACCCGCCUCCACACACACAGUACCACCAGCACCCGGCCUACUCCUCCUCCUCCUCACACGCACACCCGCAGCACAGCCACUACGCCCAGCAUUCCCACCACUCCCAGCACGGCUCCCACCACCACAGCCAGCAGACGGGCCCGGCGCACAGCGGGCCAAAACACAAACACAGUGGUAUCAGCACCGUAGUGUGAUGCUAAUACACAUUGGGGGGGGGGGGGGCUCUAUGAAGGAUGGACAAUCGCACACACCAAAGGGACUGACAGCAUAACUCUAUGGCCUGCCCACUGUGUUUCAGCUGCUGUGAUGGAAACCAGCCACACACAGUCACCUUCCUCACUUCCAGGUCCAGAUAAUAUGCAGGAUUCAAAUCGGACUCAAAUCUUCCAACAGGGGCCUUUACUAGUUCGCCUGAUUAGGGAUUUCACAGAUCCCACUGGGAUUUUGCGUGUGAGGGUGGAGGAGGAAUUCUGCACAGGAAGAUGCUCUUUGUUUUCCAGUCUCACCCACACACACACACACACACACACACACCGCCCAGCUGUGACAGCUACAGAGACGAUGUGUCGUCUCUCCUCCCUGCUGCCUCGUCCCUCAGUAACUUGUCUUACUUUAAUCGGGAGGAAAAUGAGCUCAGAUGAAAACGGUUUCCCAUCCUCCUGUGCAGCCUUUCAGAUCUUUGGUUUGCAGACCUCACCACCAGGUGAACGCAUCCAUUAGAGCUCAAUAUAGCAGAAGAACCUCGAUGUAAUCAUUUCACACUAACGUAAGUCAAGGACAGGUAGACAACGCAGUCAUAGUAGUUCUAGUGCUGUAUUUACUGUAGAUGACAGCUGUAUGUUUUGUGUCCUAGCUCUCAUUAAUAAAUGUGCCAACUAUUAAUGCAUAAUCUAUUUAGUCAUGUACAGUAUAUUGUGUGUAAAGUAAAUUUGUAAGAUUAUACUUGCAGUUAUUAUCAGCAAAAAUGACUUUUAUCAGUAUUAAGCUGACUCGGUGGUGUGAGGACGCAGAUCUGGAAGGAGGGAACGUUCAGUCCAGCCUAGGAUCUGGUUUUCUGUGGGAGCCCUAGGGUUGCAGCUGGUUGCAAGGUGCUGUUCAGUCCAACUCGAAGCCUCCAAUUAAACAUUUAGUGCAACCCGGGCUCGACUUGCACACUGUGGCGGCUCAAACAGCAAAGGAUAAAGAACAAGAGCGAUCCGUGUUUUACUGUUACAUUCGGCUCCAGAGAAAUUGUUCAACUGCCUUUAAAAUUAUGCAGCAGCUGCUUUCUAGGCUCGUAAAAUCAGAAGUCAAUCAAUUUCUCCUGUUUUUUCCUCCUUGUUUAGAUUAUUUUCUAAGUUUGGCGAGCGAAUAAAACCCAUCUGUUCAUAUGUAUUUUUUUAUUUCCUGUGCAAUAUCGUUGCACCGAUUUUGUACAUCCAGAAGAGCAAACAAGGCUGCCCUCCUGUUUGUGUGUUUCUCAUGUUACGUGUUUAUUUAUUUAUCGACCCCCACCCUGUCAGUCUUUCUGUUAGUCCUCGUGGUCCUGUGAGGGGGUACAGACCCGGAGUUGGGUGGAAUGUCUAGUCAAACGAGUCAUUUUGCAUGUGAUGCUAUUGAUGUGAGGCGAUCCUCUGCACAUUGUUGAACAAAUCAGUGUUACCGUAGAGAGUUUGAAGUGCAAUCAUGUUCAGGAAAACACAGAUUUGUGCUCGAGAGAGCGAGUCUGAUGUCCAGGAUGAGAUUGUGGCGAGAAGGAGAUAAAGAAAAGAAGUUAUUUUGUUGUUGACUAAGACUGAUAUAAAUACUCACUUUAAAGUGGAAAGAAGAAUGUGUGUAUAUAUUUUAAUAAAAGGAACAUGCCUCUUCUCUGACCUGGACAAGCACAUAAAUGGUAGAACACGUUUUUUUUCCAGGAAAUACAGUUAUGAUGUACCAAAUGCAAGCUGAACAAAAGAACUAGGUAUAUGUAAAAAUAUCUUUCUAUAUUCUACAAAUAAGAAUUUAUUCUAGUGUGUAAAUUAGUGACAGUAAACUGUUCGUCCCAAUAUUCAGGUUGUAAAUGUAUUUUAUUAAUCAUGAAGCAAACUUAGGCCAUGAGUCGGGCUACAUACACUUUUUUCCCCUCAAGACAACUUCGAUGAGCAGACAUAUCACGUACGGGACAUUAAUGAUCAGCUGAAUGUGUCUUUCUGACGUUUUCAUAUCUUUUCUCUGUUUCUAGAAUCUGGGGGUGAUGUGAAACUGAUGUGUUUAUUUUGGUGUGUGUUGUAGUGCUUCAAAUCCGUAACUUUUAUUUAUUUUUUUUUUAUUUUUUUUUUGAGGAAAGAACCCCAACAAUGCACUGCAUGGAUCUGAUGCAUCAUGCAUCCUGUUCACUGUGAGCUGAUGGGGAAGAGUCAGCCUAUAAAUGUUCUCUUUUGGUCCAGAAUUAAUUAUUUUUUAAUUGGGGGGGGAUCUUUCUGAUGUUGAUAAUGCGUUUAUUGUUAUUCCAUGUUUGCCUGGUAGGUAUCCGCAUGCAUUUCAUCGAAUAAGCCAUCGUGUAAAUUCCAGACAUGAAGAACAUUGCACUUUGUUUUGCUGAGGGCUUCAUCGUGUAAAUAUGGAGAUUUUGAUGCGCAAGCCGAUGAACUGCUUGGUGAGAGUUUAACUUUAUGAAGACUGUAAAGGGACCAAAACUGGGGUUAGAGGGGGUGUACAUAAUGUCUAUAUGAUCAGAUCUCUGCAGUAAUGGUAAGGAGGUGCAUACAUACAUCACUUCCUGGAUGGAUGAAGUGAGGGAUGCUAACUGAACAUAUCGACUGUCUCUGCCUUCAGCUGUUAAGAACUGAUGUUUGCUGUGGAAAUCAAAAACAGACUGUUAGAAAGUGUGCUGCCAUUUACAUUCAGCUAACCUCCCACCCCCUAACACACACACACACCACACACACACUCAAAUGGCUGCGAGCUGUUGAGUCAGCCGUGACACACCUUUUGAAGAAUGGGAAUGACAGGAACAGCAUCAUUUUAAUGUGCAUUCUGUUUGUACAGUGAAUGUUGAGUCAGUAAGACCCGAGUUCUUGUAAAACUUCAACUGUGACAAUGUUGAGAAAGCAAAAUAAACAAAUAUAUGACUUCUGGUA